CCCGCAUUGACUGCUUGUGAUGAAGGACAGACCUUGCAUUGGUACCGAGGCGGUUAAACUUUUCUUUCUUGGGAUUUGUAAUUGCGGCAAUUUUUCUCGCUCUCUCGUCGAUCCCCUCUCCAAACGGUUCGCUCGCCGCAAUUAUCGCCACUAUGUCGCCUAUAAUGGAUACUACGGCUCCGGUGGAUCCCAUCGCGAAUGUUGUUACUUCGCCGCUUCCGUCGACGACUGCGCCUCCACACCCAAAUCAGCCGUCUGGGUCGCAGUCCCAGUCUUUGCCAAUUGAUCACCCAGUUGUUCCUGUGGCGGCUCCGGCUUCUGGCGGGGUUGGCGCUGCAAUGCCUGUCUCUCCGCCACUCGGCAAUGGUCAGCGGCCAUGUUCUUUGAAGCUUCCACUACCUGACAGGCGUUGGCUGAUAUCUGAUGAAGGUGCUGAGCUGGCUCAGCUCCGCAUGGCGGACUACCUGGACCACACGGUCUUCGAGCUGAAAGCCCAUCUCUUCUUGGCCGGAUACUCCUUUCCUGAUCCAGUCGCAACCGCCUGGGUUCUACUUAGCGUAGGACCUCCGCGUUUAGUGAUGGAUCUUUAUUCAGCGUUGGGAGCCUUUACCAACAAGGCCAUUCCGAGUGCGGACUGGCUGCUGGCGUGGUUCAAGGAUGCUGUCGGUUUACCUGAAGAACCACCAGUCUACAAUGCGCUUCUUCGGAUGCGUGAAUUCUUCGAAGCCAAACCAUUACGGUCUGUGGAGGAAGGUCUUCAACAGCUGCGUGACUUGCGUCGUGAAAUGCCGGCCAAUACACCGGACUCCAUCUUCAUUUACCACCUGGUCACCCUGCUUCCGGAUGAGCUCAAGGACAGGUUAAUGAAUGACUGGUCCUCAGGAGUCCCGGUGCCGUGGAAGAGUCUUCCGUCGUUUCUGCAGGUCUUUAAAUCCUGCGCUGAGGAGCUCAAGUCGCUGGCGUCUACACCGUCCGGGUCGACGGGGUUCGGUGCGGGCGCAUCGGUCUCAGGUACCCGCCGUAUUCGUUCGGUCUCUGGGGGGGGCCAGCGACCUGACUCCGAGGUUAAGCGGCAGCGCCUUGGUUCGACGAUGCCAGACUGCAUUCCAUGGUCAGAGCGUUUCAUGAACCCAACCGGCAAUGCCAAGUCGAUUUGGGUUCGUGGCUUGAACUCGCAUCAGUCGAAGGUAUUGCGGUCAAAAAAACAGUGUUUACUUUGCCACCAGACGGGUCACUUCGCACAGGACUGCGGGGAUGCAGAAUUCUUGUUUCCUGAAGACUUUUUCUAUUACGAACGGAAACCAUUGAUGUUUAAGUGUUCCGAGACGUAUGGACGAACAAGGUCGCCAGCACCAUCACCGCCACGACUAAGCACGCACUCACUACACAGACGCAAGUUUAUUAAGUACUGGCUGAACAAUGCUUCAGUUACUCACAUCGCUUGCUCCGUUACUUGGCCUCCCACCAUAGCCGCAAUAGGCUAUGCACCUUGCGUGAGGGCCUGGGCCCCAACCUCUCGGGACGAGCCCGAGUUCAGGCCCGUGCAGCAGCUGCUGGAGGUGGAUGGAGAGCGCUUCGUGGCGGCCAUCGUCAAGGCCGGCGCCCCGGUCACCUCUCUGGACGCCUCCCGCACCUUCAUCGUUGCUGGUACCGCCGCCGGCUACGUGCGGGUUUGGAAGCGCCAGAGCGCCGUGGACGCCACCUUCACGCAGUUCUUCGCCCCCGACCUCCAGCUGGACAGCUUGCCAGUGUACUGCGUCAAAUUGGGCCCUUUGAGGGGCCAGCAGCACCCUGGGGGAGGGGGAGGAGGAGGAGGAGGGGGGGAUGGAGGCGGAGGAGAUGUGGUUAUGGUGGUGCACACCCGGGGCAACGGUCGUGUGAGUGCAUGGCGACUGAGUGAUGCCAAGAUCAUCGGCACCCUGGGGCGCAGUGGUCCGCCGGACAGCCCCACGGCGCUGCUGUCCGCCAACGUGCAGCACGCCUGUCUGGCCCGGGAUGUGCUGCUCACGUGCUCCUGGCUGCCGGGGGCGGAUCCCCUGUUGCAGUGGAUUCAUCCUGUUCAGCGGCAGGGAGGUGAGGUACCUGGCAUCUCCCACCACCUUGCCGGGCUGUCUCGGCCGCUGAGCUGCGACUACGACGGCAACAUCAUUGUCAUGGGCUGCGAGGACGGCACGGUGUGGGUGUGGGGUUUGACGCAAAGCCAGGACACGGAGGUUGGCGGAGGCGCCGCUAGCCAGCAGCAGGAGCAGCACUCGGUACCUGACGUGUCCCACUGGCGGGGCUACCACCGCGGGGCCGUCGGGGCGGUGGCCUGCCUGCCGUACCGCGGAGGCCAGGUCGCCUCCGCUGGAGCCGACGGCUGCGUCAGGUUGUGGUCGCCGAGGGGUGAGCUGCUGGCGGUGGCGCGGCUGGGGUGGCAGGUGACGGCGCUGGCCGUGAAUGAGAUGGCGCUCGUCGUCGGCGGCGCCGAAGGCCAGAUCCAGAUUCUCGUACUGCUAACGGACGAGCAGGCGGCGACGGCGACGUCAAGGCCUACCGAAGCGGAGCGGCGGGAGGCCCAAACGCCCCCGACGGCGACUGGAGAUUCCCCGGCUCAGGGGUCGGUGGUGGCGCAGUACGCCUACUGGUUCGACGCACGGUCACCUAAGGCACGGUCAGGGAGCAGAAGUGGUGGCGAAAGCGCGUCGGCAGGGUUGUGGGGGCUCGCGUCUGAGCAUCCCGACGCAUUUGCCGCGUUCGUGCCGCCGCGGCGACAGGUGACGGUGGCGGAUCUUCAGCAGCAACGGAGUCCUAUGGGUCAGGUGGGGAGCAGCGGCGGCGGCGGCGGUGGCGGCGGCAGCACCGCCGCUGAAGGGGCAGCAGGGGCAUCUGACGGCGGCACCACCGCCGCUGUCACCAACGGUAGUUGCGGUGGUGGCGGGGUCCCCGGCACGGCCUCCUCUUUUAACAUGCAGGCGGCUCUGAAGGGCGCGCAGCGCAGUGCUGUGGAGCAGGCCGCAGCCCAGGCGGCCGAGGAGGAGGCGGCCAAGCGAGCCCAGCUCCGGGCAAUGGGUGAGGGUCCGGGUGUGGCUCGCAGCCGGGGGCCGGUGCAGCUGGAGAGCGCCACCUCCGCCACCAUGGGCCGCAAGUGCGCCAACCCCUCAUGCUUGCAGCGGGAGGGGCUGCUGGCGCUCAGACAGCGGCAGCAGCAGCAGGGAACAGCAGGUGGUGGUGGUGGUGGUAAUGGUAAUGGGGUUUUUAAGCGCUGUGGGGCGUGCAAGAGCGCGUUUUACUGCUCGGCGCAUUGCCAGGCCACACACUGGCGGGACGGACACAAGAAGGAGUGUGCACUGCUGGCGGAGGCGUGGCAGAGGCAGCUGCAGGAGCAGCAGGUGCAAGAACAGGAGCCGCUGCAGCAGAAGCAGCCGCAGCAGCAGACGCAGCCGCAGCGGACUAGCGAUGCAGAAGACACUCGGGCAGCAGUGGACGUCGCCUGCACAGCGGUAGACCAGACAGGUUUCGACUUACGGACUGGAGCUGGUGAUGCAGCCAAUGACGGCAGUGGCGGCAGCGAUACCGGGCCCACAUCCUGCAUGCAUGGAUGCGGCGGUGAAAAGGGGAAUGUGACCGCUGAGGCGGCCGGGGCUGUAGGUGAUGGUGGAGGCAAGACGGCAAGGAUGGUUGCCGUGGGCGGGACAGGGGACGCAGUAGCGGCGGUGGCGGCAGCCACAGUUGUGUCAGGGGCAACAACACCAGCGGCAGUGGCGGCUGCUCCGGAACCACCAGCUUCUGUGGCCGGCCCCGUGUGGUGUUGUGCGACUGCUGACUCCUUGAACGAGCUGGACUGA